AUGGUCUUCGACCAGACCGCGAUACCCUUCCGGUAUCCGACGCCUGAUACUCCAACGUCACCCGCCACAGACGGUCCGGCGAAAGCGCUGAACACCCCGGUCAACCCCAAACAGAGCGCUCCGGCGGUGCAGAAGCCGGCGCAGCCCAAGAAGCAACCAAACUCCAUAUCUUCAGCCAACCGAGAGGCAUAUACGCAUAACAAGGCUCGGCUCGAAAUUGUCUUGCCGACUAAGAGUCAGCUUGAAGCUGCCGCCGCUGCCGCAGCUCUGAACCAACAACCAGGGAGCGCAAAUGUUGCGAGCACAUCCAAUGCCGUGGCACCGGCCAACGUCGCGCCACGCCCUCGACAAGAGGCGUCGGCGUUGGAGUCGUCUCACCCCGCCAACGGCACGCAGCAAUCGGUCCCGAGCGCGCCAGCCAAGACAUCACAAGCACCGUCAGCGUCGCAGAAGGCGUCAAUAGCUAUUGAGCUUCCCAGUGCGCCCAGGAUCAACAAGGAGGAAUAUUUAAUCGUACCGGACGAACCCGAUGAGUCCGAGAAUCUAUCGCUGAAGAAGCGGAAGCGGGAAGACCUUGAUGGUGAUGACCUCUACGGAGACAGUUUAGACAUGCGCCAGAGAGCUGAUGCGGCCCUCCAUGAGUUGAGAGUCUUCUUGCACAAUGUGUUCCAGGCCGAAGACCACGCCUUGAGCCAACAGUACGGCAACGAAAUGGUCACGGUCAUUGCAGAGAACGAAGCCAUUAUGACCGCUGGGGCACAAGCCAAGGUACAGUCGCUGCUUGCGAAGGCAAUAUCGCUGAACUGCUACAAGAGGGUCCCACUUGAUCACCUCCUCCGCCUUCUCCGUCUUUCCGAGGGCGCUCUGAAACAGGUCGAGUCCUUCGACUUCAGAGUUGACGAGUCCUGGGGGUCUGCCGAGGUCGAACAGUGGUUGCAGCAACUUCCGCUUCUUGAAUCUGCCAUGCGAGCCGCCCGGACCUCUCUAAGGAUGAUGUGCGGUGGCCGGGAGGAAAAGCAGCUCUACCCGGAAGACGUGAUUGAGCGAUGCCUCAAUCUGUGCAAGCGCCUCAUUGACGGGGUUGUCCUUCCCAUCGUGGAACUGAGAAAUUCCCAGGGCACCGCAGAGCUUUUUCGAGCGAUCUCUUCCAGCAAAAAGAAAAUCUAUGCCCUUUUCACAGACUGCCAGAAGCUGUUUUCGCUCAUGUCCACUCUGAUCUCCAAGGUCGACACAUCGGACACCGUUACUAAUACGCUUGAGUUUGCCGCAUCGCGGCUGAUCUUCAUGGAGACUGCAAGCGCCGAGAAAGAUUCCGUCAUUGACACGCAAAAGUUUGACGGGCUCCGCUUGGUCGCGAUGGACAUGCUCUCGCAAAUCUUCUUGCUCAACCCAUCUCAGCGUCAAGGGAUCUUUGACGAGAUUCUCACGUCCUUGGAGAAGCUGCCGUUGGGCAGGCGGGCCCGGACGUUCAAGCUCGUCGACGGCAAUAGCAUCCAGCCUGUUUCAGCACUGAUCAUGCGCCUUGUCCAGGCGAGUGCUGGGAAGGUUGAUGAAGGAAAGAAUAGAAGGCGCAGAGGCGUAGCUGCUGAAGAUGGCCAAGAAACCAACGGGAAUCACCAGCCGACAGCACAGGAGACAUUCGCGAUCCGGGACGAGGAUCAUGCCGCCAUCCAACACUCCACCGCGAUCCAAGAACUCGAUAGUCUGGCGACGUCCCUACUAGACACCGCCAAAGCCAACGCUUCGUACGUUAUAAAGUUCAUCGCUAACCGGGCGCUCAAGUCGACCAAGUCCGGCGACACGCCGUACCGCAACCUGCUCGAUCUCUUCGUUGAGGAUUUCACCACUUGCCUGGACAAUCCGGACUGGCCUGCCGCUGAGCUGCUCCUCCGGUUGCUCAUGGUGAUGAUGGUCAACCUUGUAGAGAAUGAUAAGUCGGGAGUUCCAGCCAAGAACAUGGCCCUUGAACUUCUGGGCAGUAUGGGCGCCGCCAUUUCCAAGCUUCGUGGUCACGUCAGAAAGACGGCGAGUGCCCUGGAUGCCAGGGACGCGGAUGAAUUGGGCAUGCUUCUCUCGGAUCUGGCAGCAUCGGCGCUGGAGCUCAAGUCUCGCCCUGAGCAGAUGAUCGCCUGGACCGGUCCGUACCGCGCCGCGCUCGAAUACCUCGAGAGUCGCUUCUCCCAGGACCCGCACCUGGCGAGUGCCAUCUCGUUCAUCGUAUCAGACUGGGGCACCAAAGUCUGCCACUGCUACGACUCGUUCGACGAUGACGUCCGCGAGCGGGAUCAGGAGCUUGGCCGACUGGCCUAUCGGCUCCGAGAGAUGAUUCAAGAUCGCCGUUGGCUGUCCAACGAGCACUCCUUCAGGGACGUCAGCCCCAGCCAGGCCAAGCUGUCUUACUCCAUUACUCUCUUGCGGUCACAGCUCUGCGAGGCGUUUAGUACAAUAUUGAACAUCCUUCUGAAUUCGAUGGCUAGCGACCAGCCGACAGUGAGGAGCAAGAGCUUGAAGAGCAUCAAUCAGGUUCUGGAAACCGACCCGUCGAUUCUAGACGGCGACUCCAUCGUCGUCCAGCUGAUCCUCCGGUGUUCGAACGAUUCCUCGACCCAGGUGCGAGACUCUGCGAUAGGCCUUAUCGGCAAGUGUAUCGGCAUGCGGCCAGCGCUGGAGGAGAGGAUGACGGAGACUGUGAUCGACAGGUUCUCGGAUGCUGGGCCGGGUGUGCGGAAACGUGCCAUGAAACUGGCAAAGGAUAUCUACCUCCGCAACAACAACAGGGCUCUACGGAGCGCGAUCGCCAACGGCCUGCUCCACCGUGUCCAAGACCCGGAGGAGAGCGUGAGAGACCUUGCCCGCCAAGCGAUUGAGGAGAUUUGGUUCACGCCUUUCCACAGCGGAGAGAACUCCACGGCGUCUCAAAUAUCUCUCGCGGAGCACGUUUCCCUCAUGGUCCAGACUGUCAAGCGAGGAAAUGUCGCCGGCGUCCUAGACAAGGUGUUGCAGACGCUCUUGGGGCCGGAGUCGAAGACGGCCCAGGCGUCGAUGGAGGUGUGCACAAAGCUUGUCGCCAGUAUGUUUGACCUAGUCGACAACGGCGACUCCAGCGAUCCAUCAACGCCGCCCGGGCGCGACGUCCUCCAAGUCCUGAUGAUAUUCGCCAAGGCUGAAGCGAGUCUCUUCACGUUUGAGCAGCUGCGUCUUCUGAAGCCGCACAUCACGAGUAUCGGCAGCAGCGAGGAUGUGGCCGUCUCCAGAGCGGUGGUGGUGAUUUAUCGCCGGGUCUUGCCUCGGCUUUCGAGCGCUCACGCCCACUUUCUUGCAGAUGUGCGCAAGGAACUGCUCCCCGUCGUGUCUAAAGUCACCCGGGCCUUGCUUGACGACGUCAUGGCAUGCCUGUGGAUAAUCAGCACGUUGCUUGAGACCUCGGAGCACCUUGCCAGGUUGGUCUUGUCGAGCUUGACAGCCAUCCAAAAAUUGCGGAUGAUGAGCCAGAAGGAGCCUCUCGACCAACUCAGAAUCCGCCAGUUCGAUAGGUACUCGCUCAUUGUGGGCAUGGCGGGGAAGCACUGCAACCUUGACAGCCACCUGGAGUUAUUCAAGAAGGGCUUUCCGAAGUGGAACGGCGAUACCGCGUCGAAGCUCAUGGUCGAUGUUGUGGUGCCUUUCGCUGCUCCGUCCCAGCCUUUAGAAGUCAGGAAAGCGGCGCUUGAUUCGGUUGGUCUGGUGUGCCAGUCAUCACCUCGGAACUACGUAUCGGCCAACGUCUACACUGCGUUCCAGCAGGUGUUCGAUGACCAGGUUCCGAUUCUCGAAUCGGUGAUUCUACGGUCCCUCAAGGAGUUCCUGUUCGCAGAGGAGAAGCGAUCCGAGGAAGCUGCCGAUGGUCCGGCAAUCAAUAACACUAAGCCUGAGAAGAAGCGCGAGCUCACCGUCAUUGGUGGUACCAACUACGACGAUGUGGCCAGCGCCACUACGCAUCGGUUUCUCAGGGAGAUUACUCGCAUCGCUACCUCUACUCAGGACGACCAUGCCUUCCUUGCCGUCGAGGUGCUCGCCAGCAUCAACCGACAAGGCCUAGUGCAUCCGAAGGAGACGGGUGUAACCUUCAUCACGCUGGAGACAUCGUCGAACCCGCGCAUAUCGGAGCUUGCUUUCCUCGAACACAUGUCUCUCCACGGCAAGCAUGAAACGGUUGUCGAGCGGGAGUACGUCAAGGCGAUACAGUCGGCUUUUGCGUAUCAGCGCGACAUCGUCAAAGAUCCGCGCGGCGCUACCACGAAUCCCUUCACGCCCAAACUCCAUCUACUCAUGGAGGUGUUGAAGAUCAGCAAAUCGAAGAACCGCCAGAAGUUCCUCGAGAAGCUCUGCGCUCAAGUCGACUUCGACAUUUCCAAGCUCGACAUGUCGGAGGAGCUUCCGCCUCACGUGCAGUACUCGCGCUUCAUCAUCGAGAACAUUGCCUACUUUGAGUACGUCACGGUUGGCGAGCUGCAUUGCAUAGUCUCAGCGAUGGAAAAGCUCGUUACCUCUACAGGCGCGACUGUGGCACAAGCAAUCGAGUCGGAAGUAUUCCAGGUCCGUAUGGACACCAUCGAGUCCCUUUCCCAACCGGAACGGCAACCGACCGAGGCACCACCUGGCGGGGCCUUCUCGCAGUCGGAAACCGCUCCCCCAGCCCAACCUGAAAUUACCAUCGACCUUCACCGCUUGCGCCAGUUCACCGCCGGCUCGAUGAUCCUCCUGGCCCUGUGGGAAGUGCGCACCUACCUUCGUCGGCUCUACGGCAUGGGCACUACCAACCGCCGCGAGGGCAAGAGCAAGCUCCAAGCCAAGGACCUGUCCAAGCCCCCCGUCAAGGUUCAAGGCGUCACCGGCGACAAGGUCUGGGAGGAGAUUGGCACCAUCAUGACGUCGCUUACGGACCGCCAACGCAUGAUGGCGACGUGCAAGGCAUUUGUGGAGCUGAUGAAUGUCGACAAGGAGUUCCUGGUGCCGGCCGAGGAGGAUGAGGAGAUGGACAUGGAUGCGGACGGCGACUCGUUAGGGAUGGGCAGUGGUGCGGAUGAGGAAGAUGAUGAUGAGAUGGUGCAGCUGCCGUCGUCUUCGGGGAGGGGCAGGAAGCGCAAGGCCCAGCACGGCGGAGCGGCCGGGCCGAAGAAGAAGAUGGCCAGAUCCGGGUCGCAGCAGCCCAGGAAGAGGGGCCGACCUAGGAAACAGAGCGCUGACGCGCAGCUGCAGGCACCGAUGCAGGAACAUGCGAUUGAGGGCUUUGAUGGCGAGGAAUGGUUUUAG